AUGGCGGAGUCCGCGGAGGAGAGCAAAAUGACGGAGAAUUUUAAGAAGCCGAUCCUCCCGUCUACUAUGGUUCCUCCUCCGCCAUCGCGGGGGAAGGAGACUGAGGGAGCGGCGGCGGCUCCAGUCUUGGUUCCGAAGCUCCCGCGAGGGCCUGCUCCAGGCCCCUGCCUACCUGAGCUGCCCCUUAGGUACCAGGAGCCGCCCUGGGGAGGCUGCCCCGCACAAGAGGAAGGCUCUUCUGGCUACAGCCUGGAGACGGUGAAGGGCGGCGCGGUAGUGGGUAGCCUAAGUCUCGCGGGCCGGAGCUGGUGGCUGGUGGGGCGUGCUCCUGGCUGCGACCUCUCCCAGGCGCACCCGUCGGUGUCUCGGCACCACGCUGUGCUCCAGCACCGCCCGCCCCGUGCCGCAGGAGACGACGAGCAAGCCCAAGAGACUGAGAAGGGCCCCGAGCCUGGCCUCUACGUCUACGACCUGGACAGCGCACACGGCACGUUCCUCAACAAAGCGCGGAUCCCGCCCCGCACCUACUGCCGCGUACGGGUGGGCCACGUCCUGCGCUUCGGGGGCAGCAGUCGUCUCUUUGUCUUGCAGGGCCCAGAAGAGGAUCAAGAGCCUGAAUCAGAACUGACUGUAACCCAGUUGAAAGAACUGCGUAAGCAGCAACAAGCCAAGUUGGAAAAAACAAUGCUGGGCGAUGAUUCUGAUGAAGAAGAUCGAAAGCAAAAGGGUGAACAGAGCAACGAAAACAGUCGGAUUACUGAUUUGAGUUGUUCCUGGGGAAUGGGGGAAGAUGCAGAGGAAGAGGAGGGUGAAGAAAACCCAAUUGCCAUUGAGUUUCAAGAGGAGCCUGAAGCCUUUUAUUUGAAAGACCCCAAGAAGGCAUUGCAAGGUUUUUUUGACAGAGAAGGUGAAGAAUUAGAAUAUGAAUUUGAUGCCCAUGGAACUGGUACCUGGCUUUGUAGGGUGAAGUUGCCUAUAGAUGAUGCUUCAGGAAAACAGCUUGUGGCAGAGGCUAUUCACUCAGGGAAGAAAAAAGAAACCAUGAUCCAGUGUGCUCUAGAAGCUUGCAGGAUACUGGACGCUCGGGGUGUGCUACGGCAAGAAGCAGUAUCCCGAAAAAGAAGAGCAAAAAAUUGGGAAGAGGAAGACUUCUACGAUAGUGAUGAUGAUACAUUCCUUGAUCGGACAGGAGUUAUUGAGCAGAAGCGGCUGAACAGAAUGAAGAAAGCUGGGAAAAUAGAUGAGAAGCCAGAAACUUAUGACACACUGGUUGUGAAAUUAAAUGCAGCUGAGAGGGAGCUUGCUGAAAUAGCAGAGAAGCUGAAAUCUUCAAGGGCAGCUCAGCCUCAGUCAGCUGCAAAUGAUUCCUUGGAUGAAUUCAUGACUGAAAUUAAAUCAGGAAGUACCUUAGACAGCGUGGCACGUAAAAAGCUUCACUUGCGAACCUUUGAACUGAGAAAAGAACAGCAGCGAUUGAAAGGGUUAAUUAAGAUCGUUACACCUGCAUCAAUGCCUGAGCUGAAAUCCCAGCUUGAGAGUCAAGAUCUGGAAGCAGAAAAGAAGACUAAAAAGCUAACCUUACCACUGUUUGGUGCCAUGAAAGGAGGCAGCAAAUUUAGACUGAAAACUGGGACUGUAGGGAAGUUGCCUGUGAAGCGUCCAGAUAUCCCAGCAAACCUAUUAAAUAUGAAAGAUGAGGGACCGGAGGAGGAGGAGGAGGAGGAGGAAGAAGAAGAAGAAGAAGAAGAAGAAGAAGAAGAGGCAUUGAUGACAGUAACCAAGAUGAAGACUGGAAAUCAAGGAGCACACAACUCAAAGAUGGAAACUGCAGCACAAGGAACACUUAAACAAAAGAAUCUCCCUGCUGAUUCUUAUUCCCACAGCAGCAAAGAUAUGGAAUUCAACCAUGAGGCAUCUGAAGUAGGAUGUGAAAAGCCUGCAGAGGAACCCAAGAACAAGAGAGCUCAUGGUGGGAGCAAGGUUCAACAAACACUGUCCUCAAAAUAUCCAGAAAAUGACCCCGACUACUGUGUGUGGAUGCCACCUGAAGGUCAAAGUGGUGAUGGCAGAACUCAUCUGAAUGCAAAAUAUGGCUAUUAAAAUGCAGAUGGUGACUUUGGGAAGUGAAGGACCAAGGCACAGCAAUCACUACACUGUAGAAGACUUUUGCCGAAAUGGCCAGCAGCUGAAAUAGUUGCUCACUAUUUUAAAACACCUUUUACCGAAUCCUAAGCAUUGUCCAAAAACUGUCUCCCCACUAGGCGUGAAUGUGUGGGUAUUGUGCAUCAAGAUACAUUAAACUUGUCUUUCCCUUGUAUAUAGCGGUGAAAACCAUGUAUUUACAAACUGUAUGUACAGAAAGGUUGGUUUUGUACAAUAAACAUUAAGAAACCUA